UCCCGCACUGGCCCCACUAGGGACUGGCCUGUCACGCUGGCCCCACUGGGGGCUGGCCUCCCGCACUGGCCCUCUGGGGACUGGCCUCCCGCACUGGCCCCGCUGGGGACUGGCCUCCCGCACUGGCCCCACUGGGGACUGGCCUAUCACACUGGCCCCGCUGGAGGCUGGCCUCCCGCACUGGCCCCCGUGGCCUGGGCUGUGCCCGGGUCGUCCUGUUCUGGUGUGCAGGGUGCGGCCAGUUUGCCUCUCCUGUAAUUAGUCCAAGAUAGGGAAAUACCGAUUAGCUUUCUGCAUCUGAUUUUCCUUGUUGGAAGGAUACCCUACCCUUCCAUGGGUCUGGCCUCAUGAGCCUGGGGUCUUGGCCUUGACCACAGUGCCUGCCUGCCUGUGCCGUUCUAGCUGGGGUCUGUGGUCUGCGGUCUCAGGGCAGAUGACUCUGAGCUGUGCUCAUGUAUGAACGUGGCGUUUGUGCUCAGCUGCGGGGGUCCUUGCCCCUACCCGGUGCGAUCCUCCCUGCAGAGCCGCAGCCACGGACAGGUCCUAGGAGGUGGCGGAUGCUCAGGGCCGGUUCUGUGGAAAGAGGAGGCUUAACAGAAGGCAACUGUUGGGGCUAGGAGGCCAGGGUGUGCCCUGGGCCAGAGAGCUCCCCAGGCAGUGCACCUGGGCUGUCUGCUGGGGGCUGCCCUGUGGACCGUGCCUGGUACUGGCCCAGGACCAGCCAGGGCUCCUGGUGCUGGAGGUUCUGUGGCCUGGCUGGUCCCUCCCCCGACAGCUCGGGCCGAGGCUGUGACCUGACCCGACCAUGCUCUGCUUCUGGCAUUGACCCCAGAUCGUAACCCCAAACAGUGAGGACUGCGCUGUGGUCAGGCCACCCCACUCUGGCAGACUCCAAGCCUUCAGGCGUUGCUUCGCAGUGCCAUCUGUUCAGCCAUGCUCGUCCCCAAGGCUGAGGCUCUCCGAGCAGGACUGUGAAGCCAGCAGCCAUGCCCACUCCUCCCAGGACUGCCAGCCCUCUGUUUGCUCCAAGCCAGCAGGUCCCCUCCCUGUACUUCCUGGUCUGGGAAGAGCCACUCCCUGGACGCCACUUCCUGGCCUCCGUGCACCUGUAGUGGCCUCCACGAUGAGCUCGCUGGAGGAGUGGGUGGGCAGCGUCUACUUGGAAGGGUCUGAGGAGGGCCACUGGCUGGCUCUGCCCCACCUCGGGGGCCCGUUCCAGGACUGUGCAGUGCCCCCUAAGGACCCAGCCUGACGUGAGAAGUCCCUUGGAAGCCACCGGGUGCUCAGCAGUCAGAAUGGAGCUGUAGCCUGCUGGCAGGCUCAGCGCCUUUUCAAGUGACCCAGCAGAAGCCAAGAGACUGGUCUGUGAUCAGGCCUGAGCUGACGCCGCGGGCGGGGCCCAGCCUGGGUCAGCCGCGUGUGGGUGAGUGUCACCUCUGCCCUGGGCGGAGGGCCGUGAGCCGCCCACAUGUGCCCCGGGCUCUGCCAAGUGCUGAUCGGUCACGGGCUCCCGGAGUGCACGCCCUCUCACCUGCCAGUGGCCGAGAACCCUCCCACGGCCCGGCCGGUUCCACAGGCCCGCGAGAGGCUGCGCAGUCAUGGUGCUGGAGCCGAGGCCAGCGGGACGACGGCCGGGAGCAGGGGUAAAGUCUGGCCUCUUGGCCGUGCGUGUGGGCCCUGAUGACGUUCCUAGGUUUGUUCUUGCCUGUUGGAGAGGCAGAGGAGUGGAGAAAGCUUGUGUCUGCUGGGUGAUUACCCAGGUGCUUGCGGUGGCUGGGCCUCGCCAGAGCUGGGAGCCACAGGCCUCCCCAUGUGGAUGGCAGGUACCCAGUUGCUUGGGCCACCUGCUGCCCUGCGGGUCUGUGAGCAGGAGCUGGAGCAUGGUGUGGGCUGUGGGCAUUGCACGUGCUGGCCUUCCAUGCGUGACUAUGCAGAUGGUCAGAAAACUCUGGUUUUAUAGUUUCAGGAAACUCAUAGCUUGGUUGUUUCUGUAAAACUUUGAUAAAUCACUCUACAACAUUUUGCCUUUGGUUCUGAUGGUGCAGAGAAUAGGUUGAUGAGUGUGCAAUGCCCAGCCGGGAGGGUGUUGGUGAGGCAGGGCUGUGUGUGCAGCUGGCGCUAGCAAAGUGUGACCAGGAUGCUGUGGACCCGUCGGCCGUCUCCUGGAAGGGGGCGGUGCCUUGCAAGCCAUGUGCCUGACGGGGCCGAGCAGGAGGCCCGUGGAGGUGUCAUGGGUGGCCCCACGCCCCCUGGCGACGCCUGGAGAGGGCACAUCCAGGACCCUGCGCGCCAGCGGCUGACGUGGAGCAAGCCCCCCAGGAGUGUCCUGGUCAUCAAGAAGAUCCGGGAUGCCAGCCUGCUGCAGCCCUUCAAGGAGCUCUGUGCACACCUGGUGCAGGAGAACAACAUGGUCGUGUACGUGGAGAAGAAAGCCCUGGAGGACCCAGCCAUCGCGGGUGACGAGAGCUUCGGGCCUGUCAAGAGGAAGUUCUGCACCUUCCAGGAGGACUAUGACGACAUUUCCAACCAGAUAGACUUCAUCAUCUGCCUGGGGGGGGACGGGACCUUGCUGUACGCAUCCUCACUUUUCCAGGGCAGUGUGCCUCCGGUCAUGGCCUUCCACCUGGGCUCCCUGGGCUUCCUGACCCCAUUCAACUUUGAGAACUUUCAGUCCCAAGUUGCUCAAGUGAUAGAGGGGAAUGCUGCGGUGGUUCUGCGCAGUCGGCUGAAGGUCAGAGUGGUGAAAGAGCUACGAGGGAAGAAGGUGGCUGUCCACAACGGGCUGAGCGAGAACGGGGUGCCUGCCCCAAGCCUGGACACGGAGACAGGAAAGCAAACCAUGCAGUACCAGGUCCUGAAUGAGGUCGUCAUUGACCGAGGCCCCUCAUCCUAUCUGUCCAAUGUGGACGUCUACCUGGACGGGCACCUCAUCACCACCGUGCAGGGGGACGGAGUGAUCGUGUCUACCCCGACGGGCAGCACAGCGUAUGCAGCCGCCGCAGGGGCCUCCAUGGUCCACCCCAACGUGCCAGCCAUCAUGGUGACCCCCAUCUGCCCUCACUCGCUGUCCUUCCGGCCCAUCGUGGUCCCUGCGGGGGUCGAGCUGCAGAUCACGCUGUCGCCAGAGGCAAGGAAUACCGCGUGGGUGUCUUUUGAUGGACGCAAGAGACAGGAGAUCCGCCACGGAGACAGCAUCAGCAUCACUACCUCUUGUUACCCACUCCCGUCCAUCUGUGUCCGCGAUGCCGUGAGCGACUGGUUUGAGAGCCUGGCCCAGUGUCUGCACUGGAAUGUGCGCAAGAAGCAGGCCCAUUUCCCGGAGGAGGAAGAAGGCGAGGAGGAGGAGGGCGAGGAGGAGGAGGACGAGGAGGAAGGCUAGGCCUUGUCACGUCCAGGCAAGGGCCCUGGGCCUGCUGCAGUCUUGGUUUUCUUCUGCUGCCCUUGCACACGGGGGUCCCAGGCAGGCAGGUGCACCUGCGGCCUCCACUGUGGCGUCACCACUGCCUGAGCUGCCUUUUACUGACCAGACAAGCUACUUUUUAACAUUUUAAAUCUGUCUUCUUGGUAUUUCUGAACACGCAAUGUGAGCGAUGGGCUGGUGCCCUCCAAGCCACGCGCCCUGAGCAGCCUCCAGCGCCUCCCAGGCAGAGUUCUGGCAACUGCCGGAGGCAGAGGCACAGUCCUAGGGUGGCAGAAGUGAGUCUCGGGCUGUGGGGGAUCCUGGCUGGGUUGCCGUGGAACCUGGUCGGGCCCCCUCUCUGCCAACAGACCCCACAUUCCACACGUGUUUCUGUAUAUGCUUUCGCACACUGCUGGGAGGGAGCUGGUCUGAUGUCCGUGUUUACAUGCGUGUGCGGUCCGGUGUGGCUGCUGGCGGCUGCCGCCCAGGGAAGGGCUCAGUGCUCGCGAGCAGAGGCCCGUAUGCCUGGGAGCCGUGUGGCGCUGUGGCUGAGCUGUCUGUGGCUGUGUCCACGGACCUCCCGCCACAGUGUCUGGCUGCGCUCUGAGUCCUGGGCCCUGGUUAGGUUUUCUUACCAGGUUGGUCAGGACUGGCCAGGCCAGGCACUGCAGGUUCCUAUGGACAGAAGGAGCUGGGGGACUCCCUGGGACCCUCUCUGGGGUCCCUCUGGGGGUGUCAGCGAAGUACAGGCUAUGUCUCAGUGCCACUGCCCAUGACCCCCUCACAGUUCUGGGUAGCCAGGAGACUGAGCACAGGGAGAUGCAGAAAGGGGGUGCAGUUGGCUCAGCCAGCGACAGCGAGUCCUGGUGGCGGGGUCCUGACGGGCCUGGAAAGCUUUGGAUUUUUGAAAUAAAUCCCUAAUGUUCCCAUUGUUAACAUCCUCAGAAUUUGUUAACUGUUGUUAGAAGCCUUCUUACUAUUUUCAGAUCUUUCAAUAAAUGCACUUGUAAAAAACCA